AUCUGCCAGUUCUGCUAAGACCAUCGCAAUGGAUCGUACACAGAGUGAGAAAAUGAGCAAGGAGGGAGAAUACUUCGAGGAUGAUAACAAAAGAAAACGGAGAAGCGGGAGGACUCGGGGUCGGGUAAAAAAGAGACUUUUGAACAGCCUAGACAGGAGAGAUCUGGAAAUGUCCGGUGAACCUGAGGUGAUGCCUGAGGUGCAGACUUUUCACAGCGAGAUCCUUCAAGACACAUCGCAGGAGAAGAAACAGUUCGAGAAUCUGAAGUCAGAGAUCCAAACCGUCUCAGGGACACAAACAGAAGAGGCUCACACAAAAGCCGAACCGCUAGAGGUUGAUUGUGUAUUUGAGUGGUUGGAGGCUCCGAAGCUGCUUGAGAAACUGUCAAAGAAAGAGGCUAAGACGCCUCUAGAAAGUACCCAGGCUUCCCAUCAAGUCCAGCUGGAAGAGCACAGAGAGGAAACCAGGGAGAUCGCAGCUGCCCUUAAAACAGCAGAAGAACUCCUGGAGACUCAGCACCUCAGCAGGCAGCAGGAAACAGCCACCACGCUGAAUGGUCACAGUGAGGAAAACUGGCAGAUCACAUCGCAGCUGAACAGCAUAAAUGAAUGUCUGCAGGCUGAGCGCUACUACUGGCACAAUGGGAAAUACUGCCUGUUGAGGGAGAUAGAAGAAUCUGGAGCACUCUAUGAGGUUCAGCUGAAUGAACAGAAACGCAAGAACAAAACCCUCGCGGCCACUUUGAUGAAUGUUGAGCAGCAGUUUGAGAGUUGUCAGGUGGAGUGGCAGGAGGAAAAUGCAUCCCUCAUUCAGGCAAUGAGACAGGAAGCAAAUGAGGUCGUGGAAAGAUCUCAGGCUUUCCAUCAAGUCCAGCUUGAGGAGCACAGAGAGGAAACCAGGGAGAUCGCAGCUGCCCUUAAAACAGCAGAAGAACUCCUGGAGACUCAGCACCUCAGCAGGCAGCAGGAAACAGCCACCACGCUGAAUGGUCACAGUGAGGAAAACUGGCAGAUCACAUUGCAGCUGAACAGCGUAAAUGAAUGUCUGCAGGCUGAGCGCUACUACUGGCACAAUGGGAAAUACUGCCUGUUGAGGGAGAUAGAAGAAUCUGGAGCACUCUAUGAGGUUCAGCUGAAUGAACAGAAAUGCAAGAACAAAACCCUCGCGGCCACUUUGAUGAAUGUUGAGCAGCAGUUUGAGAGUUGUCAGGUGGAGUGGCAGGAGGAAAAUGCAUCCCUCAUUCAGGCUAUGAGACAGGAAGCAAAUGAGGUCGUGGAAAGAUCUCAGGCUUUCCAUCAAGUCCAGCUUGAGGAGCACAGAGAGGAAACCAGGGAGAUCGCAGCUGCCCUUAAAACAGCAGAAGAACUCCUGGAGACUCAGCACCUCAGCAGGCAGCAGGAAACAGCCACCACGCUGAAUGGUCACAGUGAGGAAAACUGGCAGAUCACAUUGCAGCUGAACAGCGUAAAUGAAUGUCUGCAGGCUGAGCGCUACUACUGGCACAAUGGGAAAUACUGCCUGUUGAGGGAGAUAGAAGAAUCUGGAGCACUCUAUGAGGUUCAGCUGAAUGAACAGAAAUGCAAGAACAAAACCCUCGCGGCCACUUUGAUGAAUGUUGAGCAGCAGUUUGAGAGUUGUCAGGUGGAGUGGCAGGAGGAAAAUGCAUCCCUCAUUCAGGCUAUGAGACAGGAAGCAAAUGAGGUCGUGGAAAGAUCUCAGGCUUUCCAUCAAGUCCAGCUUGAGGAGCACAGAGAGGAAACCAGGGAGAUUGCAGCUGCCCUUAAAACAGCAGAAGAACUCCUGGAGACUCAGCACCUCAGCAGGCAGCAGGAAACAGCCACCACGCUGAAUGGUCACAGUGAGGAAAACUGGCAGAUCACAUUGCAGCUGAACAGCGUAAAUGAAUGUCUGCAGGCUGAGCGCUACUACUGGCACAAUGGGAAAUACUGCCUGUUGAGGGAGAUAGAAGAAUCUGGAGCACUCUAUGAGGUUCAGCUGAAUGAACAGAAAUGCAAGAACAAAACCCUCGCGGCCACUUUGAUGAAUGUUGAGCAGCAGUUUGAGAGUUGUCAGGUGGAGUGGCAGGAGGAAAAUGCAUCCCUCAUUCAGGCUAUGAGACAGGAAGCAAAUGAGGUCGUGGAAAGAUCUCAGGCUUUCCAUCAAGUCCAGCUUGAGGAGCACAGAGAGGAAACCAGGGAGAUUGCAGCUGCUUUGAAAAAGGCUGGGGAUUUCCUGGAGACUGAGCACCUCAGCAGGCCGCUGGACAACCACGCUCUGCUGGAGAUAGAAGAAUCUAGAGCUCUAUAUGAGGUUCAGCUGAACGAACAGAUAUGCAAGAACAAAACCCUCGCGGCCGCUUUGAUGAAUGUUGAGCAGCAGUUUGAGAGUUGUCAGGUGGAGUGGCAGGAGGAAAAGACAUCCCUCAUUCACGCUAUGAGACAGGAAGCAAAGGAGGCUGUGGAAAGAUCUCAGGCUUUCCAUCUUGCCCAGCUUGAGGAGCAAAGAGAGGAAACCAGGAAGAUUGCAGCUGCCCUGAAGACGGCAGAAGAACUCCUGGAGACUCAGCGCCUCAGCUGGCAGCAGGAAACAGCCACCAUGCUGAAUGGUCACAGUGAGGAAAUCUGGCAGAUCACAUCGCAGCUGAACAGCGUAAAUGAAUGUCUGCAGGCUGAGCGCUACUACUGGCACAAUGAGAAAUACUGCCUGUUGAGGGAGAUAGAAGAAUCUAGAGCACUCUAUGAGGUUCAGCUGGAUGAACAGAUAUGCGAGAACAAAACCCUCACGGCCACUUUGAUGAAUGUUGAGCAGCAGUUUGAGAGUUGUCAGGUGGAGUGGCAGGAGGAAAAUGCAUCCCUCAUUCAGGCUAUGAGACAGGAAGCAAAUGAGGUCGUGGAAAGAUCUCAGGCUUUCCAUCAAGUCCAGCUUGAGGAGCACAGAGAGGAAACCAGGGAGAUCGCAGCUGCCCUUAAAACAGCAGAAGAACUCCUGGAGACUCAGCACCUCAGCAGGCAGCAGGAAACAGCCACCAUGCUGAAUGGUCACAGUGAGGAAAUCUGGCAGAUCACAUCGCAGCUGAACAGCGUAAAUGAAUGUCUGCAGGCUGAGCGCUACUACUGGCACAAUGAGAAAUACUGCCUGUUGAGGGAGAUAGAAGAAUCUAGAGCACUCUAUGAGGUUCAGCUGGAUGAACAGAAAUGCGAGAACAAAACCCUCGCGGCCACUUUGAUGAAUGUUGAGCAGCAGUUUGAGAGUUGUCAGGUGUUGUGGCAGGAGGAAAAUGCAUCCCUCAUUCAGGCUAUGAGACAGGAAGCAAAUGAGGUCGUGGAAAGAUCUCAGGCUUUCCAUCAAGUCCAGCUUGACUGGCAGAAGGAGAAAAACUCCCUGCUGAACGAGAUAGAGGAAUCUAGAGCUCUCUAUGAGGUUCAGCUGGAUGAACAGAAAUGCGAGAACAAAACCCUCGCGGCUGCUCUGAUAAAUGUUGAGCAGAAGCUGCAGAGUCAUCUAGUGAAGUGGCAGGAGGAAAAGACAUCCCUCAUUCAGACAACAGAGGGUCUCGAGAAGAUGCUGCAGGAAAAGGCACAAGAGUGGGAGGAGGUAGAAAGCUCCAUGAAGUCCCAGCUGGAAGAUCUCAGGAGCAAGAAGAAGAGGAAAUGGUACAGAAGGUUAUUCUGUCUCGCCUGAGCCACGCUCAGGAGCUGACAGAAGGCUGACUUAAACAUACGCAUUUGUUCUCCCUGAGCAACAAUUGGUUUUCCCCGGGUGCUCCGGUUAGCCUACCUUAAUUGAAGAAGAAAUUCUUUAAUUAAAAGAAAAAAAUUCAGUUGGUUCAGGUGUGUGAAACUGUCGUUGUGUGUCACAAAUCUACGAGAACAAAUGCGCAGAGACCCAGCCGUCCAAGGAGAGGGGAUCUCUCUCUGAAUUGCCUUGCCUGAGGUUUCUUCUCAAGUCCUUUCAAGGUUGUUUCGAGGUCGUCAGGUGCAGUGGAAGGAGGAAAAGUCAUCCCUCAUUCAGGCCACAGAGGGUCUCAAGAAGACGCUGCAGGAGAAGGAGCAGCAGUGGGAAGACGAAUAAGUCACACCUCUUUCUAUUGUGUUUUAGUGCUUCCUUUAUUUUAUCUGAAUGCAUUAAUGAUAAUCGUUUUCUCAAUAGGCUCCAUGUCAUCUGGCCCAGUGAUUCCAAACCAGCAUCAAAUCGUGUUCCUAAGUGUGACAAAUAAAAGACACCACUUUUUUUGUA